UUUACAGCAGAGGUGCAGGCGGUGGAUGGUGGGCCCGGUGUCGGUGUCGGCAGCACGGUCAGGCUCUGGUCAGUGGAUGCCUGCUUUGGUAUUGAAUGACAUUGAAACACUUGAGAACCCGAAGCGUCACUCGAACGGUGACGUAGGGGCUUGCAGUGGGCGGGGCUUGUGACUAAUGUCUCCGGUGGUUCUCCGACAGAACCGGUGUGACGGCUGCUCCUCAUUCAUCAGCGGGACGGUGAGCUUCGUGCAGCGUUGCGAUCCCGUCCGCCACUCUGUCUGUUCCGGCAUCUGACACCGAGGACACCGCCGCCGGCCACCAUCCGCGGUUCUGAUGAAUUCCUAAUGGUUCCUCACUUUGGAGAAUUUCCUGAGGAACAAGACAUCUUCUGGAUCUUCAACGAAUGGCACGAUCGCUUGGCGCUGCUCCCGACACCGCCCACACCUGCCUGCCUACCCGCUCCCUGCUGGACAUAAACCUUUGGGUUCCUCAGCUUUAACUGGUCACCAGCAGGAUCCCAGCCCAUAGACCAAACUUCAACCUCCCCUAACACAUUGCUGCAGGAUGAAGAUUGAUACCAACCUGACCAUUCCUCAGCUUCCUGAGGCCCUCUCCCAAGCUGGUCUUCAGUUUGCUAUUGCCACUGAGGAGGACUUUGAUGAAAUUAUGGCAAUGAGCAAGGACAUCUAUGGUGGUCUGGACUACCUUCCCACCAGAUACACCAGCUGGCUCCAGGAAUCCAACCGCACAGUUAUUCUGGCACGCAAAGAGGGGAAAGUGAUUGCUCUGGAAUCAGUGUGUGUGAUUGAUGACGGGGAGACGAUGCUUGUGGAAGGUCUCCGUGUCGCUCCUCAGGAAAGGGGGAAGGGCAUAGCGGGAGUUCUGCUGCGCUUCUGCUCCGAGUUGGUCAAAUCCAAGUAUCCAGAUGUAAAAGUGACCCGCCUGACUCGUGACGAUCAGCUUGGGCCCAAGGACUUUGAAAAGUAUCGCAUCAUCACCAAGCAGGGCAUUCUGCUGGUGCGUUUCAGAGCUGAAGAACUCAAACUGCGACUUCGCGAAAUUAUUCCGAGUGCCGGCAUUCGUUCUUCACAGCAGCCCGGUCCUCCUCCUGUGCUUCUCGAUCAAACAUCUAUCCAUCAGCUCUACCUGACCACUGACUUGAUGCACGACGUGCUUCCUAACGCCACCAUCAUUCAAGACUGGCAGCCAUUCAAGCUUCUACCGAGCAACGUUGCGAUCCUGCUGAAGAAGGAAAUCGACUGGCUGGUGGAUGAUGUGUCCAGUCCGACUGUGGCCAGCCUCUGUACCUUCCCUUUCAAGGUGCCCAUUGGAGAUGAUUGGUAUUACCUGAACAUUGACAUGUUUGGUAAAGACCUGAGUUUGGCUCAGCAGCAGUUCCUGCGCCACCUUCAGCGCCACACAAACCACCUGAAGGGUCAUGUGAUGUGCCAGAUAUUCCUGGAGCCUGGUCUUUGGAGGCCCAUGACUGAUUUCUGUCAGAACACUUUAAAUGUAGAUUUGGUGAAAGAGUACACUGAGCAAUGUGUGGUGGAGUCAGAUCUGAUCUAGCAGAAGAAGUUAAACGAGGUAAAGACGGAAGAAAGGAAGAAAGAAAAAAAUAGAAUUCAAAUACACUAAAAUAAAAAAAUUUAAAAAAACAUUUUUUUUUGGACAGAAAGAUACUAAGAUAAAAAAGUAUAUUUUAACAAACAUACAUGCUGAUAUAUUUUAUUCAAUGGAAAGUGAACACUUAGGGGGAUCAUUAAUGCUGCAUAGUCAAAAGAGUUUCCUGCAGGUCAAUAGCACAAAUAUUUUUGGCAGGGUUGUUCUGAACGGAACCUUGCAUAAAGUUCAAUGCAUGCAAAGUUAGAGACUUCUAGUGCUAAAUCUGAGGAAAAUUGACAUUUUCAUUGUGUCAGUAUGUUUGAGACAAAAAAACAACUAAAUAGUAAAUCUAGUGUAAGACAAAAAUCAUAACCUUCUUAGCUUAUUAGUGUACUUGAUGUUAGCUCAAUUUUGUACAUCCCGUUUGUUUUAAAGAGUUAAGAGGAAUGGAAAGAGUUGUUUCGCUGGUAGCAAUAAUGCAUUCUAGAAAUAGUACAAGUGUUCUUUUAUUUUUGAAGAGAUAACAAUCCCUUUACCUCAUUUUCAAACCUUCUUCUUCUUCUGCUCUUUCUGUAAAAACUGAAACUUUAUAUAUGUUUAAAGGCUGAGUUGGGGUUACUAAGUCUGCACAAGUUUAAAGGCACUUUAACAAAAACAAUGGAGGUGUUGAAUUAUGAGAAGGGAUAGUUCAGGAUCAAAUAAGAAUUACAGAUUCCCUUCAUUCCGGUAGUCGCAACAAUAACUAGGGUUAGGAAUAUCAGUUUAAAUGUGCAUUAAAAUUAUGUUAAUAUGCUCUGAUAUAAAUACCUGAUAGGUUUAGGGGUCUUCUGAACUUGACAAAAUGCUCUACAAGUAGAAACCAUUUUUAAAUUUCACUUGGGGCCAGAUGCUUCUUCCCCUUUUUUCAAGUUUUUGACUGUAAAAUAUGUAUGUAACAAAUCUAAUGUAAAAGAGUCACUUCAUUGGUACAGUGUUGUGCUAGGUAAUCUUAAAAAAAAAGAAAAAAAAAAGUACUCCGAUCCAGCUUUAUUUAUGUUUUAAAUUCAGUUUGGCCUGCUGCACUGCAGCUGGUCCUCCUCUGUCCGGCAACACAACGCGGACGGAAAGUUUAAAAGUGUUUGUUUAUUCUGUUACUAGUUUUGAUGAGCCUCCAGUUAAUAUUCUCGCUUGUAAAGAAAGAAUAUUAUAUUUAACAGGCGAUAAAAAGAGGGAUUAAAAAAACCUAAUCCAAUAAUCCCAACGUGCGUCCUUCCAGAGACGCGUCAAAACCCGCCUGUCAGAGUCUGCGGCUAAACGCACGCAGACUCUGAGCAGUCGGUCGGAUCACGGCAAAGGAAAACACUGCGCUUCUGUUAAAUGGCAUCAGGCUGCGCACCCAAUCACACACACACACACACACACACACGAAAUAUACAUAUUCUUAAGAAGUGUAUGUUUUAUUGUUCUGAUUUAAGAUUUCUCGUUUUCACUCCGAUAUUGAACUGCUCCCACUGAGAACUCUGCUCUCACACUGAUUUUAGUGCCUCUUGCACAAAUGCAUUCUGCUGUUUGUCAGAAAGCUCCACAGAUGUGCACUCUCAUGUUUGUCCUCUAUGGAUCAACAUUACCGAUACAGGCAUUAAUAUUAGUUCUGGAUCGAUACUAGAGUGGUACUAUUACUUUAUUAGUGUUGUCCUGUUUAUUAGUUUUUUUUUCUUUACUUGCAGUAAGUUUAACAGUAGACUUCCUUCCAUAAGUGCAAGCAGCCUCUCAUGUACAGCCGCAGCUGAACACACGUCUGGGUUUUCGACAGGAAUUUGAUCCCAAACGCGCAACCAAUCCGUUCUGAAACGUUUAGCACUGAUGGAGGUAAAAUCUCAUGUUUUACCUCAUUAAGCAAUGACGCUGGUACAAAGUACCUGUUUUGGACGCUCUGCUCUUUGUGUUUUACAUGUAAAUAAAACAUAACAUAAAGCCACCGCAGCUUUGCUCUGUUUAGCAGCUCCCGAGUUAGGACGGAUUUUUACAUCAACUUAAAAUCCAGCGUCUUCCUGAUCUGGUGACAGCCAGGAUUCUGGUGUCAUACCGAUUCUUGCACCAUUUUUUUUUUUUUACCCAGUGCUCUCGGCUGAGAUUUAAGUAGGUCAGGCUCUUCAACUGGUUAACGUUGUGAUCAUGAUAAAAUUGACAUUGCCAGGUUUAAUCGCCACUGUUUCAAAACACGAGAGACUGAAUGAAAACCUUUGUAUCUCUUCCCAUUCUAUGUAUCAUUAAGGAUUGCAAUGAAGGCUUUUUAAAAUGCAUUUUUCUCAGGCUUAUCCGUCUGUACUUCUCUACAAACUGCAGCACUGCAGACAGACAGGAGGCCUGUUGAUUACAGCUGAAGGGCAACAUAGUGGUUUGAUUUAAAGGCGCAGUAUUAUGUCUAAAUUGACUUCUUGAGCUUUACGUCAUGGUGCGGUGUCAUUCCCUCAUCAAAAACGUGCCCAUAGAGUUGCUUUGAUUCUUUCAUGAAUGUUUGAGAAAUCCUUGAACUUCCCAUGGCAACCGUUCAGGUUUUUAAGACGCCUGGGGGAACUAAAGGCUGCCUUUCACGCACAGCUCCUCUCCAGAGAUGUAGUUUCCAAGCUUCUGCAUUACAGUGCUCUCUGCUCCUUCAAACUAGCAGCAGCAAUUAGCAAACACAUCUGUUCAGCUCAUUAUAUGAACUAUUUCUCAGUUCAGUCGUCUGAUGAACGUUUGCGAACGCUUCACAGCGUAAUGUUGACGCGCUGGAGGCAAAGUGUGGGAAAGAGCAGGAACGUCUUAAAAAGGCAGAGGCCCAGUUACAAGAGGCUAAAUUACAAAGUCAAACUUCUCUCGAGUUAUGUUUGAUGUAUACAGUAGUUUUAUAAUAAGUGAUAGUGACAGUUACUGUGUGCCUAUAGAAAACACAUAAUACUGCUCCUUUAGAGGUUGAACAAGUUCACAGUUAAAAAAAGAACUCUGAUCAGUCCAGGCAGAGAAAGACAGCAAAUUAUUAGAUGUGAACAUCGCCUCUCUUUUCCUGCAGCCAUUUACUUACACUUCUAAUAAAUCUAUUUUUAAUCAGAACACUGGCCAACAUGUGCAGUGUUUUAGGAGAAGGGAAACGUAUUUGUUCUGCACAGUUGCCAUUAGAAGCCACUGUGGGCGGUUUUAGGAGUCAGGUCAGCUUUGAGGUGGAAGGACGGAGUGAUGAAGGUGUGUGCCUUGUCCUGCUAUUUAAAUGUUUUUUUUUAGCAUGUCAGUUGUUUUUUUGCAAUUUAAAAAGGGGACUAUUCAAAGUUUUUAAAAUUGUUUGAUAUUUCUAAAAACCCAUCUUAAAUAAGCUCUGUAAGUACAUAGUUCAUCGUAGUUACUAUUUUUGAAAAUUUGCUGAAUACAUUGGUUGUUUUUUUUGAAGACAUAUAGCUGCCAUUAUUCAGGUUACCAACGGAGGUAACAUGGAGUGUGUUGUUCUGUUUGGACUCAUGAAGCUCACACCCAUUUUAUCAGCUCCAUGCACUGUAUUCACACUGUAUUUAACUUUAUUUCUUUGAGUCAAAACAAGAAGUAUCUGCAAAUUGAUUCUUAAAAUAUUUAAACAUUAUUUUACAUGUUGUUUCACCAGCAAUGGAAGAGAAAUAAAAACAAGGAGACAGCAUAUAUCUCUGUAGUGAUUUGACAGUAUUUGUUCAGACGUUCAACAUGUGAAAUGUAACAGGACCACCAUCAUGUCUCCCUUUCAUCACACAUUUCCCUAUUAAAGUCACCUUGGUAGAUUGUUCAAGUUCCUUCUGCAGGUGUGACUGGCAAAUGUUCUGAUAAAGCAGUUUCUGUCGCUUAGUUACCCUCGUGACUAAAACAAUUCCUAAUUGUGCUCUGCCUCCUUUUACAUCACUGCCGAAGACGCUUAGACAAACUACCUUUUACUGAUCUACGACACUCUCACAUCCCAUAAAAAAUUUAUUUCGUUCUGGUUAAAUAAAGCAAAUUAGCAAAUCUA